AUGUCAGUGCGCAUUAUUACAAAUUUAGGAGAUUUAAAAUUUGAAUUAUAUUGUUCACAAUGCCCAAAAACAUGUAAAAAUUUUUUAGCAUUAUGUGCUAGUGAAUAUUAUAAUAAUACGAUAUUUCACAAAAAUAUAAAAGGGUUUGCUAUUCAAGGAGGAGAUCCUACAGGGAGUGGAAAAGGUGGUGAAAGUAUAUAUGGUAAGUAUUUUGAAGAUGAAUUUGAUUCUAAUUUAAAACAUGAUAGACGAGGUAUCCUCUCAAUGGCUAGUAAGGGAUUUAGUAAGAAACCAAACACUAAUGGAUCUCAAUUUUUUAUAACAUAUUCGAAACAACCACAUUUAAACGGUGAAUUUGUUGUAUUUGGAAGACUUAUUGAUGGUUUUGAUACUUUAGAUAAAAUAGAAAGAUGUGCAGUAGACGACAAAUUUAAGCCUAUUGAAGAUAUCAUUAUAAAAGAUAUUAUUAUCCAUGCAAAUCCUAUAGCUGAAGCAGAAAUAAUAGAUUAG